AUGUUAUCUGGAAAGGACGCCCAAAAACAAUGGGAAGCUGAGAAUAAAAUCAAGGAAUUGACCGAUGAACAAUUGUAUAAAUACGAUGAAGAGAAGGAACAAAAGAUCCGUCAAGAAAGACCUUGGGAAAGAGAUCCAAAAUACUUCAAGAAAGUUAAAAUCUCUGCUCUAGCCUUGUUGAAGAUGGCCAUGCACACUACCAAGGGUCAACCUCUUGAAGUCAUGGGCUUGAUGCAAGGUAAAAUUGAAGGUGAUUGCUUCAUUGUCAUGGAUGCCUUUGCUCUUCCUGUUGAAGGUACUGAAACUCGUGUUAAUGCUGGUAAUGAAGCUAUCGAAUAUAUGGGUAGAUAUAUGGAUUUGAGCCAACUUGUCGGAAGAUCAGAAAACGUUGUUGGAUGGUAUCACUCUCACCCUGGAUAUGGUUAUCCAUUCGUAGCCAUUGUCGUUGACCCUGUUAGAACUGUAUCUGCUGGAAGAGUAGAAAUUGGUGCUUUCAGAACGUAUCCUGAAGGCUAUUCACCAGGUGCAUCAUCUAGCUCUGAAUAUCAAUCCAUUCCUAUGGACAAGAUUGAAGAUUAUGGUGUCUAUCAUGACAAGUAUUAUCAAUUAGAGAUUGAAUUUUUCAAGUCAUCAACAGAUACAAAGUUAUUGAACGUGCUUUGGAACAAGUAUUGGAUCAACAUUUUGUCUUCAUCAGCAGCUAUUAAGAAUAGAAAUUACACUAAUGAUUCUAUUAAUGAUAUUGCAAGAAAGAUGGACAAGGCAGAACAUGAAAUUGGACGUGGUGGCAAAAUGUCUGGUUUUAUGAUGGAAGGAAAGGAGUCAAAGAAAAAAGAGGAAACACAAUUAGACAAAUUGACAAAAGACUCGAUCAAAUUGAGCACCGAAGUUUUGCAAGGUAUUAUUUCGCAAGCUGUCAAAGAUUCUCUAUUUAACAAACAUUAA